GAGAGGGGAGGGACUCCAGUGACGUCAGUGUGUGGUUGGUGGACUAGUCCGUCUCCCCAGACAAGAGUGGGGGAGGCGGCUCGAGACAGUGGCUGUGGAUUAAAUUGUAGACUGGAUGAGUUCAGCCUUUGCAGUGUACUUGAAAUAUUUUCAAAACACGAGCAAAACAUCCGGUGCGAGCGAUAUGGCCAAGCAAUUCAUAUAACUCAGAAAAAAAUAUCCAAUACUAAAUUGAUGUUAAUCUGCCCAUGUUAUAUUACUGGGAUCCACGCUGUGCCAUGAUACAGAUAAUGGUUCAAAGCUGCUACCUGUGGUAGACUAGUUGACGUCCUUCUGUGUGUGAAGGUAACAUGUUCUGUUGACACAGAGGUCUGUGGAGUACGAUGCCUGUUUUGACGUUCAAGUAACUGACUGAUAGAUUCUCAUACAAACCUGUAGUCAGUGGCAGCAAUGUCUGGUAAUUGAUCCCGAGGGAGCUGAUUGUUAAUGAUGAGUAGCUCCCCUCUGGCACCGAUUCCUUCCAUUGAUCCGUUUCCGGGAUUGAUUUACCUGAGAGAGGAGGUUGCCAUUGUCGCUGAAUUACAGGUAGAUGGGGACGAUAACAGACAACAAUAAGCCACUCUCGCCCGUCCUCUCCAACACACCGACAGCCAUGCUUCAACACAGCUUGAAUGACUAGAUGGGCAGAUAUGGCGACAUCAGACGCGCACGUGAACGUUUGGGCGGUGGUCAGUUUAGCCUACCUGGUGUCCAGUCUGACCGGUGCUGUAAACAUCGGAUUCAUCUACCACGAAUCUUACAACGCUAGUAUCGUCCUGACGACGACAUUGCCCUACAUCGCCGCCAACAAUGCAUCACCCCUUGUAGGUAUAGUGGAGAUACGUCUGGCAGAAGGGAACUCAGUGGACGUCAUACAGAAAGUUUGUGAAGAGGUAAAGAAUAACACUGUAGGGUUCGUGGUUGUCUCCCCCUGCCGCCUGCUGACCCUACUAGAGGCCGCUGUGGGUGGUCUCGAUGUUCCUGUUCUCGGUGUUCACACUGACCCCUGCCACCACAGGGUCACUGUACCUUCCUCCUUCCGUGUACAGCCUCCCUCGGAGUACCGCCAUAACGCCAUCACCAGCCUCCUGCGGGCCGGGGGAUUUGUACAGGUCGCCAUACUCACAGAUGUGUCGGAGGCACAGGUCACACACUUCCGGUCCCUUCUUUCCGGUGCCUUUGUGGAGUCGUCCGUGACAUAUAUGUAUGGAGGCUACAACGCACGCACUGCGACAGCACUGUUGUCAAGGGUAACAGAAAAUGACGAUACGACGACGUGCCUCAUCCUGAUGCUAGGGGAGCAAUCGCUGAAGGAAGUGUCACGUCUUCUGAACACCACUGAAGACGACUUUGAAGACAACAUUGCCAUAGUUGUACCGUCUUCAGCUGUCAGCUCCACGCACGGACUAGAAGGUUUCGCUAAGUUCCAUGACGUCCUCUACAUAUCUGCAGCCAGGCCCAACUUUCCCAGUGAUGUCAAGAGUUUUAAUACUACAGAUGCACACGUGCUGGACUCCUUCAUGGCCCUCUCAACGGCGAUCAACGUCAACGUGGCAACGGCAGACAACGUCACCACCAAGCGGUGCGGAGACAGCUACAUCGGCAUAUCGUCUGUGGCUCAACGGGUCACUCACAGCUUACGUCAGUUAGAAACAAACAGCACGCUGUUUGACAACACCGGACAGAAUCAGAUGAGUUUUUACAACAUCGAUAGGUUGCGGUACGAGAACAAUACUUUGACGUCAGAGCAUGUGGCCACGUGGUCGCGGAGGGGUGGACUAGACGUCCCUAGGGGGACUGAGCUGUUCCGCGAGAAUACCAAAGGUCUUGGGAACAUCACACUGAGGGUCGGCACCACUGUGGCCGCACCGUUCGUGAUGAAGCUGCCUAACAACUCGGGCUGGGAGGGUUUCUGUGUCGACAUCUUGGACGAGCUGGCGGCGAGGCUCAAUUUCAGGUACGAGCUGAUACAGUCUCCGGACGAGUUCUGGGGCACUGUGGAUGAAGACGGCAACUGGAACGGCGUGGUGGAGAUGGCGAGGAAGAAGUCUAUUCACCUGGGAAUCGGACCCAUCAGUCUGACGUCAGAGCGGGAGAGGGUGAUUGACUUCACCAAGCCCUACAUGGAGGAAGGGGCGGGCAUCAUACUCAGACGUUUCGAGGACAAAAGCAGCAAGAUUUUCAGGGUGUUCAAGCCGUUCACUGAGAGCGUGUGGCUGUCCGUGGCAGGGGCCGUGCUGGUGGUGGGCUUCACGCUGGCCCUGGUCAAUCACCUCAGCCCCAUCAAGCAGCAGCAGCAGGAGGAGGAGGGAGAGGGCGGCAGCAGGAGGAGAGGCAUCAGCACAUCAGACAACAUCUGGAUAGUGUACGAAUCCUACAUGGAGCAAGGUUGUGAGAUAUCCCCACCCAACAUCUCGGGCCGGUUCAUCCUGGGGUUCUGGUGGGUGUUCACUAUACUCAUGGUGGCCUCCUACAAGGCCAACCUCGUCGCCUUCCUCACCGUCAACUUCGUGGGCAAACCCAUCAGGAACAUCGACGACCUCGCUGAUCAGACUGCAAUAAAGCCCCUGGUCAAACAGGGCUCCAACCUGUACCAGGAACUCCAGAAAGGAGAAACUGAGACUUUCCGGAAGUUGUGGGCAAUGGUUAAAACAGCGCCAUCUGUGAAGAACAAUGACGAGGCACUCGAUUUGGUUCUGACUGGAGACUAUGCGCUGCUGACUGACCAAUCACAGAUCGAGUUUCUGCGUAUGACAGACUGCGAGAAUCUCAUGUCUGGCGAGACUCCAUUCAAUGUGGGGGGUCUGGGGUUCAUUGUGCCAGAAUCAUCCCCAUUACUGGAGAUCCUUUCCUUAAACCUGAUCCAGCUCCAGGAGGCGGGGCUGACCGAGAAGUGGCGACACAGGUGGUGGUCACCCAGCGCCACGUGCCCCACGUCCAGCCAGGCCAGCACGGUCCAGAGUCUGGAGCUGGAGAGUACAAGUGGGCCGUUCCUGGUGUUCGCCGGCUCCACCACCCUCGCCCUCCUCUGUCUGGGGGUGGAGUGUGUUUACUUUAGGGUGGUGGGCAGGGGGAGGGUGUGUGGCAAGUCUGGAACGCGGGAAACAGAGGCUAGCAUUUCCAGUGAGGGAAACACGAACGAGACGUUCUGAGGACAGGCAUGUGUCAGCUCCGUACCAGAGUUCUACAAACUGUCCAAUGUGGUUCCAUGGCGGCAUACGAACCUACUCCCUCAAUGCAUGAUACAAGAACGUUUUAUGGUUGACAUGUGUGACAAUGAUAUCCGAUGCAAUUCCCUAUCAUUUGUAUCAUAUGUUCCGGUGUUGUUUUCAGGUGAACAGUUCCCUUGCCUUUGCAUGUGUUUGUGACGGGUGCCACCGGUGGGGCAGGAUACGAGAACGUU